UAAGUGAUACUCUGUACAUUCUAUUUUAUGUCAUUUUAUGAUCAUAUAUCCUCACAACACUCACCAUGCCCUUUUGAGUGAGCCACAAGAAAGCCUGUAACUGCUAGAUUCACCAAAGAACUCAACUUUAUUACAAAUACCAUAGUUCUUGGAAACUGAUGACAAAGAACAAGAAGCAGGUCAGGUCCAUCAUGGACAAAGUGCAAGGAUUUCGCCUUGUAUCUUUCGGCGGCUGCUUUGACAGCUGUCGUGACCAUACUCGAGGCUCUCGAACCGGGACAAGGAUAUGGAACUUUAGUGAUAAGCCAGUGGAGCUGCAAAUAAGGGUGGGAUCAAUACUAAAGAAGAUUCACACAUUGAAGCCAGGAUCAUCCAAGAGAAUGAAGUGUAGAAGCAUAUAUAAGGCAUAUAUGCCUAGUGGUGGGAAUGGUGGCAGCUUGAAGAACUUGUUGUAUCACUAUGAUGAAACUUGUCACCCUUAUAUUUGGAUCCAUGACACAGGCUGUGAUUCCUUGAGGAUGGGGAAACAACAGUACAUUAGUCUUGAGGAUCUCAGGGAUUCUUCUGAUAUCAGAAUCUUCAGGGAUCAUCAGAGAGGCUGCGUAUCGGUUCGCAAAAGAACAAGGCCAGAUUUGUGCUGAUUCUGAAUUUGAAUCCGGGUUGUUUUCUGAAAGUUUGAGUUUGCAAUGAUUUGGAAGUGACAUUUUCUGUUUCUUUGGCUUUUGAUAUUAAUCCUAUGUCUCUCUUCUUCUUUCUUCCUUUGAUAAGUGGUGUUUUAUUACAUAAUGAAAAUUGUUCAUAACACAAUUAGAUAGGCUGAGAGAGAUGAUGUAGUAGAUAGCAGUAAAUUGUUCUUUUCUUUUGUUUUUGUUCUUCUC